AUGUCACAGCAGUCCUCUCAGCAACAAUCUUAUACAAUUUGGUCCCCGCAUGAUACGGUGAAGGAUGUGGCAGAUUCACUCGGAAUCUCAAAUACAAAUGAUGACGUGUUGAGGUCAUUGGCGAUGGAUGUCGAGUACCGUAUUUUGGAAAUCGUGGAACAAGCGGUGAAAUUUAAGAGACACAGUAAGCGAUCUACUUUGACUACAAGCGAUGUUGCGAAAGCUUUACGUGUCCUUAACGUCGAGCCAUUGUAUGGAUUCGAGGAAGGAUCAGCGAAAAAUGAGCCCGUUAAGUUCAAUAAGUUGGAGGGCGCUAAUGGGCAGACGCUUUAUUACCUAGAUGAUGAGGAGAUCGAUUUUGAAAAAUUGAUCAAUACUCCAUUACCAGAAGUUCCAAGAUUACCAACGUUCACGGCGCAUUGGCUAGCGGUAGAAGGAAUUCAACCUGCCAUUCCACAAAAUCCAAAUAUCAAUGAACUAAGGCUGAGUCAAGUUCCGUUGCAAAGAGGAGCAAUAGUCUCACCAUUAAACGAAACUUCUGUUCAAACCUCUUUACAAACAAAUGUCAAUGAAGAAAGACAGGCCACCGCAAAUGGACCUAUCUCGACACAAGUGAAACCAGGUGCAGCAAGUGAAGCUAAGCCAUUGGUCAAACACGUUUUGUCUAAAGAAUUACAGAUAUAUUUCGAAAAAGUUGCUAGUGCACUUACAUCGAAGGAAGAAGAUAUCAAUUCACAACGGAUGAGAGCAGCAGCUUUAACUUCGUUGAAGUCUGACACAGGACUACAUCAGCUUGUUCCAUAUUUCAUACAGUUUAUCGCAGAGCAGAUUACUCACCAUUUAGAGGAUUUGGAGUUGUUAACUACAAUGUUGGAAAUGAUAUAUUCGUUAUUGAGUAAUCAAUCAGUAUUUUUGGAUCCUUACAUUCAUUCUCUAAUGCCUUCUAUCUUAACACUACUAUUAGCGAAGAGACUUGGUGGUAAUGGCUCGAAAAACUCAUCUGACGACAAGAUUGUUGACCAGCAAAAUAAAAAAGAGUUUUUAGAGAAGACUAAUGCUGUCCGUGAUUUUGCUAGCUCUUUACUCGAUCACGUCUUGAAAAAGUUCCCAAAGGUUCACAAAUCGUUGAAACCUCGUGUUACUAGAACUUUACUUAAGACAUUCUUGGAUAUCAAUAGAUCAUUCGGUACUUACUAUGGUUGUGUACGUGGUGUUUCUGUCCUCGGUAACGAAACAAUAAGAUUCUUUUUAGGCAAUUUACAAAACUGGUCGAAACUAGUUUUCGAGGAAUAUGACAGAAGCCAAUCGGAAGACAGCAAGAGCGGAAAGAACCUAACUGACUUGGAGAUAAAAUUAUUGUCAACAGUGAUAGUGUCCACUUUAGAGAACUUGAAAUCUGAUCUUCCAUCUUCAUACAACCCUUCUGGUGAUUUUAGUGAGGAGGACAAAACUCGUUUGAGAGAAAGAUGCGGAAUUACUGUCGGCAACGUAAUACUGGAAAGAGACGAUGCAAAGACUCUAUACGAUGCUAUAUUUUUUGGUGAGCUUUAG